GUUAGCUAAUCAUAUUUGGCAACAUUAAUGUUAAUGGAGGAAUCAAGGAUUGUCGGCAUCUUGGGUGCUGGAGAUGUUUAAUAAUUGAUGUAAUAUUUUCUUUAUUGUUUGCCAUCGUUCUGUGGUCUGCAGACUGAUAGUUUCUAGUUAGAGUUGGCCUUUUUGUUACGUCACUGCCUGACUUAUAUUCUUUUAACAAUAUAUACAAUAAAUCGAUAUCACAGUCUCUGAAAGAACUGAAAUAUGAAUCCUAAUACCAGUAUUCUACAAAGACAAAUGGCUAAUGCAAUUCUGCCUCAAAAUAUUAAUGCAAAUCCAGGCAGUGGCUUAAUUGUUGGUGUGAAUAUGAGCCCAGGGGGAAUUCCUUGUUCUUUGCUUCCAAAUUCUGGACAAGUGUUGGGAGACCCUCUGACACCUCCUCAUCAAGGCCAACCACCUGUGACUACUGUCGGAGACCCCAGCAGCACUGCCCCCUCUGCUGGUGGGUGCGUUAUUCAGUCCACCGUAACCAUGGCAAACAUGAAAGAGAAAACACCCAUGUGCUUAAUUAAUGAAUUAGCACGUUUUAAUAAGGUCCAGCAUCAGUAUCGACUUGUGGAUGAAUCUGGUCCUCCUCACAAGAAGACUUUCACCGUCGUGCUGAAACUGGAUACUGAAGAGUAUACUGCUUCUGGCCCAAGUAUUAAAAAAGCACAGCAUGCAGCUGCUGCCAUAGCUCUUGAACAAACCAUCAUGAAACACCCUCCUCCUAAGAGUCAGCGUAAAGCUCUUGGUCCCAUCACCCCCACCGUCGAAUUGAAUGCUCUGGCCAUGAAGAGAGGAGAGCCCGCUGUUUAUCAGUUGAUCGAACCUCAACGCCCUCAGUACAUACCAAAUUUAAAUUUCCGUGGAAUGUACCAUCAAAGGUACCAUUAUCCUAAAGUGCCAACCUAUUAUGUAUCAUUAAAAGUAGGCAAUAGACAGUUUUUCGGAGAGGGUCGAACUGCACAAGCGGCCCGCCACGCUGCGGCCGAAGAGGCUUUGGCCAUUCUUCGCAAUAUACCGGAUAAUGUUAAGAAACAUCCGUCAGAACAACAAACUGCACUCACAAAAACAAAUGGAGAACCUUCGCUACAACUCGAAGAAGAGGACGACGACGAUGAUGAGAGCGACGAUCUCAAGUCACCUAUAAGCUUAGUUCAUGAAAUUGCUUUGAAGCGUAGUCUGGCCGUUAAUUUCGAAGUUACCAAAGAAAGUGGCCCCCCACACAUGCGCACAUUCAUUACCCGGUGCAUCGUCGGAGACACUACAACGGAAGGGGAAGGAAAUGGUAAAAAGGUUUCCAAGAAACGGGCUGCUGAGAAAAUGCUGGAAGAGCUCAAGAAAUUACCCUCUCUACCUCCAGCUCAACAGAAGGUUAAGAAAAAACCUAUCAUCAAGAAGAAAAACAGAAAUUUAAUCAAGGAACAGAAGGCAGACCCUCAGUACGGACAAGGGAUCAAUCCCAUUAGUCGCCUCAUUCAAAUACAGCAAGCUAAAAAAGAACGUGAGCCCGUCUAUACAGUUAUAGAUGAGAGAGGAGAACCGCGACAAAGAGAAUUCAUUAUGCAGUGUUCCUUGGGUGACUUGUCGACGACUGGUACGGGUCCAAAUAAGAAGACAGCUAAACGUAAUGCAGCUGAAGCAAUGUUACAGCUUAUGGGCUAUUCAAGACCGCCAGCAGGAAAACUCCCUGUCAAAGCAGCUCCUAUAGAGGUUUGUCUUUCUCAUUAUUUAGCUGAAAAACUAGACAAUGAAGGUAAACUUGGUCGUCAGCUCGUGCCUGGUUUGUUACUGAUGCCAGAUGCUUCUCUUGCUGAACAAAAUAAUAUUCCCGGUUAUUCCAUUUCUAAUUCAGGUCUUCAUAGAGCACCUGGAGGACCAAUACAAGGUGUAAAUAAAAUGGUUCAGACUGUAUCCAUAAUUGCUAAAGAGUUACUUGAUACAGGUCAUUCUCCUACUGCUGAAGCCAUACGAAAAGCUAGUCUAAAACCUAUGACUCAGUACCAGCCUCUGGGAGGAUUCAAGCAGAAACUUUUAUAUUUGGCUGAGGUUUUAGGUUUUGCAGUGCACUUUACAGAUUUCCCUAAAGGGGCGAAACUGGAACACCUCUGUUUGGUAUCAGUGGCAAUUAAUCCACCCCAAGUGAAGCAUGGUGCAGGAACAACAGUGGAAGCUGCUCAUGAUCAAGCUGCGUUAGUGGCCUUGCGUUGUCUUGCUGAUCUUGGUAUGGAAGCAGUAUCAUCAGAUGGACUAAAAAAGGAAAGCGGUGAUGGGCUUUAUCUGAAUGCUGGACAAGGUCCUGCACCCAAGCUGACCAACUCUCCUACUGAUCUUGGCAGUAAUCCUAAAUCUAGCCCAAACUCCACCAUUCCAAUUACUGCCAAGGACAGUCACUGAACGAGUGAUAAUGCUAUUCGAUACCCAGCAGUGGAAGCUCUCUGCCUCCACUUCUGUGUUUUGCACUGAUAUUAUCGCUUGAUUAUUAUUUCCUUUUGUUUUUAUGAUCACAUAUGAAGACAACAAAGCCCAACAGUGGCUGAAUGUGUCAUUUUUCUAUACUUGUCAUUUUUGCUAAUUCUGCCAUGAGAAAAGGCAGGAAUUCUUUUUCUUUCUCUUUUAUAUCCCUAGGCACUUCUAAAUUUUUUUGUGCUGAUUUUUUUUUUAAAUAUGUCCUGGGUGGACAAUAGAAUAUGACAUUUCCAUUCUUUGAAAUUUAUACCUGACUUCUUUUUAUAUCAAUGGAUUUAAUUUUUUUAAAAUGAAUUUUUUUUCCUUGUCAUUCAUUUAAUUUUUUUAGUCGCAUGUAACAGUUCUUUAGAUACAGGUUUUUUUCUGCCCUAAAAAUGUAUUUUUACAUGUAAAAUAAAAAAAGGCUUAUAGAUUAAGGGUUGCAAAUAAAGCGAAGGAAAAUAGACAAAUUAAACUCUAACUAUCGAGGAAGAGUGAAACCAAAGAGAUUAUCAGAAAUGCCUCCAAGUUCAAUUGGUUUUAUCCAGCUUUUUUCUCUCUUGCUUUACCGCUAAUUUGCAACCCUUAAUAUACGUCUAUUUUUUACUUCACUCAUCACAAGUAUUAUAAAGAUAUAUUUUAAGGGCAGUGAUUGGGAAAAAACCUUCAAAAAAUAUUUUCUUUUUAAAUGUAUCGGGCAUUUAAUUAUGUCGAACUAAAUAGAACCCUGUUUGACUUAUGUUACAAGCUAAUUUUUUUCUUCGUUUGUUCAGUGAAAAUAAGUCUGCCCUGCAGAAAAAUGUUUGUACAAAUUUGCCCCUACAGUUGGAGGGUUAAUAAUUGAGAUAAAACUAGUAGCACUGAUUUAGAAUAUACAUAUAUAUAUAUAACUCAUGGUAUGUAACGUGCAAUUAGGAGAUAAUAAACUUUUUAUUAUGUAAAAUUAGUGUGGUAACUAUAAUAUUAUUGAAACUGAAAGCAUUCAGCUUUGAUUUCUCCUUACAUAUUACAGAAUUUGUCAAUUUCAUGGCAGAUGUUGGCAUGUACUUUGGAAGAAAAAAAAUUGUGAAUAUUUCUCACUUUACAAAUGUGUAUGUGCAUCCAUACUUUUUUAAGACUUUAACUCUAGUGAAGUUUUGCUGUAUAACAAGAAAGAGCAAUGCAGUGUGUGGCUCCGUUUCAUUUGAAAAAUGCACAUCGUAAUGUUGUUUGGGCCUCCCACGGAGAAUGAUUUUAAUCCAUAACGUCAAAGAGUGAUUUCUUUGGAUAAUUUUAAUGUAAAUCAGGUGACUCACUGAGGAUUGAUAAAACAGUUAGAAUUAUCAAAUAAGGCAAAAAUAGAUGGGCUUUUAAGUGUCACCUAUAAACAAUUUUUUCUUUCCGUAUAAGAUUAACUGAAAAAUUUGGAUUCUUUGACAAUUCAAAUAAUUGAUUGAUUUCAGGUUAUGCAUGUCACUCUUAGAGUUAGUAAUUUAAUUUUCUGGUUCUUCACAAAAAGAAGGAAUUUUUAAUUAUUUUUAUUGACGAUAGCAAUUUUUUUAUUGUAAUGCUUACCAACUUUCAUCAUGCGAGACAGAUUUAUUACUUUCUUUUCCUCUGUGAUCAUUUUAAUGUUUUGAUUGAACUUGGGCUUUUAUGAAUGACUUUAUUGACAAUUUUAUAGUUUUGAGAAAUUGAUUUGAAUCAUUCUCAAAAAAAAAAAAAAGAAAAGUUAUGUUUACUCUUCAGGCUCAUGAGCAUUUUUCUUUGCAUUUUUCAUGGUGAAAUUUUGAAUAUUGUAAGAAAACCAGCCUUUAGAAUAUUACUCAGUUUUUGAGGGGACUUAGAAGGUUGAGAAUAUUCAAUGUGCAUUUUAUUUAAAAAAAUAUUUUUUAAUUAUUCAAAAUUUUGUCAGACUUCGAACUGCAUUGCUCUUUUAAUUCAUAUUUUUAUAUGUUAGCUUGUUGUCUUCAUGUCUAAUCAUUCUCUGUUAGUAGAAACUUCAAUAAAAUUGCAAAAACAUA